UACUUCAGUCAAAGUGAGGCGGCGCGCCGGCUAGCGCGCUCGCCUGCCGGUCGGCAUCAACCCACCAGCAAGCGCAAGGAGCCUUGUUCAUGAAUAAAAAUAUGUCUCGAUGUGUUAACAAACACCUGUAUUGUGUGCGUCAUGUCAAUUCUGUGUGCCGGGACGUAGGACUGUAUGCCGGCGGUUGUCUUCCCGUAGUAUAACGAGACCACAGCGUUGUUUUGAUGAGGUGAGUUACAGCCGGUUUAAGGUCGAAGGUUGCCCUUGCUUGGCAGAUUCAGAAUGGCAGCAAAUCGGUCCUGAUUAAUUCAGUGUAAAUAAAUAGGUCUAUUUCUAAAGCAAUAAUCCAAUUUUAACGUAGAAACCCCGCAGUGUCAUAAGUGCUUGUAUCAUUAGCCUUAGGGUAAAUAAAUCAUUACCAAAUCUUCCAUUAAGUGAUAAUUGUGACGUUGCAAAAUGAUCUCUAUUAUUGAGAUGUUGGAGUACAUAAUCGGAAACCGCGUGAGCGCAAGUACAGUUGGCAAAAAUAGAAUUUGAGAAGAAAAUAAAGAAUGGUAUUGAGAAGAUGCCGCAGCGCGCGUCUACUUCAUCGAGCCUGAUGCGACCGUUCGUGGUGUUGGCUCUGCCCGGAAUGUAUUUGCUGUACAAGUACAAUCAGUACCGCCAGCAGCAAAUGGAGACCGCGCGGCGCCGCGUCACCGAGCGGGAGCUUAUGCAUCUCAACACCAAAAUCGACAAAUUGCUCAAUAAACUGGAAGAAAAUGAACCUGAAUUAGCUACGUCGCCUGAGGAAGAACGUUUUUUCCAGUGUGUGAUAUGCGUGAACGCGAAGGCCACGAUGCAAACGUCGCCGUGCGGCCAUCGCGUGGUGUGCCGCCGGUGCUUUGUGAAGACCAUACAGAUGGCGGUGAGCCAGCGCCUGCUCCCGCUACGCUGCGUCAUCUGUCGCGCCAAGAUCCUGAGAUUGCGCCAGGCGCCGAGGCUUGUUACGAGCAAGAGUUGGCAGGUCUCAAGCGGUAGCGGCAGAUCAUGGGGCGUGCCAGGCUCGGUGUCGAGUUACUCCGUCGGUGCCAGGUCUGUGCCAGCCUCCGCUUCUCUCUACUCGGUCACCAGCGGAGAGUCCUCCCUCUCAGGAGUCUCUUCUGUGUCAUCAAAUAGUGGAGGUAACGUGGCGAGUGCAUGUUCAACGAAGCUAUGCGGCGGAGCCAAGUGUGGGGGAGCGUGUUUAGGAGCGAUACCUCGAGUGCCACAGGCGUCCACGCCGCCCCGGCCGCGACAACCUGCCUCAAACUCUUUACGACGCUCGCAACAUCACAGCAUGAAGGCUCGACUCCAAGAGUACCAAGUGCACAGUUACACGGGAGGGCCCGUGGGCGAGCCGUCCGGCCGCCUACCGCCAAUAAGAGAAUUCCAGAGAGAAUUCCGGGAAGGUCGACGGGAAAGUGCAGCAGCUGUCGCUUCCACUUCUACUAGAAUAAGAUGUGCCCAGAAAAUUGUAACUCAGCUAGAAACUUCACCGCAAAAGGAUAAACAACACUUUUUCCGGCCUCUCAAACCAUCGAAUAACGACGAUCCGCCCCCGUCCAGAGAUCAAAGCAAAGAGACUGAACGGAAAAAAGAUAACCCCAAAUCGAAACCGAAAAAAGAUGACAAAAAGAAGAAAGACGAUGAUAAAUCAAAGCACGACGAUAAAAAUAAAAAAGAUGAAAGUAGUGAUAACAGGAAAAACGAAAUUGCCGAACGGAAAAAAGAAGAGAAAUUAAGAUUAAAAGCAGAAAAAGAAGCGAAAAAAGAAGCUAAACAGCAAGCUAAAGAAGAGGAACGGCAAGCUAAGUUGUUAGCUAAAGAGGAGGAGCGACAAGCAAAACUGCUAGCGAAGGAAGAAAAGAAGAAGGCCAAAAAAGAAGCGAAGCUGGCGGCGCAGGCGGAAAAAGAAAAAAGUAAAUAAAGUUAUACCGUUUCAAUUUUAAAUUGUAGAAACUCGUAGCCGUCUUAUCUAUAUUAGAUUCGAAAAUUGUUAUUAUUGACGAAUCGUAAAAUUUUAAAUAGCGUAUAUUAAAUUAAUAGUCUAGCGUAGUCCAUACAUAAUUAAAAUACGGUUAUUUUAAUAUUAUUUUACUUCAAUCGGAAACGUAUUAUUCAGUUUACGCUUUGAUACUAUGUUUUACAAUUUUGUUAGAAUUGUUAAGCUUAGUUGCAAUUUCUAAUCGAAAUUGUUAUUUAACUUAGAAAUGUUGUAAAUAGUUUUAAAGUUAUAAUGUUAUAAUGAAAAGCAAUCUAAGGUACAUAGUUGUCGGAUUAUAGUUGGAACUCUACAAACUGCGAAGACUGAAAGAAUGGGAAAUCAUAUCGUUUUGUAAUUUACUUGUGUAACAGUCUAGUUAAGAGCUUCGUGGACUCCGGCACCGCCAAACUAUUUAUUUAUUAUUAUACGUAAUUCGUUCGUACUUAGUUUAUUUACGUGUAUCAAAUAUGCGAUGCUUUGGGUAGCAUAUACCAAAAUCAAUUGCAAUAAUUCUUAUGAAACUUGGGAUAAUUUUACACAUAUAUUUUAUUUUGAAAAGUACAAAGUAUUCAACGUAACAUAAAUAACUCAAAUAUAUUUAUUUAAUUUACAACGUUCUAAAAUAAUAGAUUACGUUAAGAUGUUUACUACCAUAGUUUAAAUUAGUUCCUUAAUUAUUGUAAUCAAAACACAAUGCCUAUCAAUUAUCAAAUGGAUUAUCUACUUUAUUGAAGCGAAUUCUAAUAAAUUCUAAUGAAUAUUCUUUAACAUCUAUUAUCCGAACUUUCAAUUCUACCCAUCAGACAGUUAUAAUAUUAGCCUAUAGCGGGAAAUAUAAUGUAGCAACACAACAGGUCGCGGUAGCAUAUUGCUAGAUAAGUGUUGACAUUAAUUUUAAAAGUGUUCCACAUGUCGGAAUUUAUUAUUGUCAAUCGUUAGAAAUUUCCUGUAAGAAAUAAAUAACAAUGUUACCAUA